AUUCAUAGGAAUAAAAGUGUCGCGUGGCAUUUGUAUUGAAAUGAUGAAAUGAAUGAGAAGAAGCACAUAUUUAGUGCAGUAGCAAAGAUUGAAAGUAGUUUUCAUACCAAAUGUCCAAGCUUCUUAUUGCGGCUGCUUUGAUGACGGUUUUGAUGGCAAAAGGAGUGAUGGCAUGGACCGGCGAAAUCCACGGCAGAGUAGUGUGCGACGUGUGCGCCGACUCCUCCAUCGGCCCCGAAGAUCACGUUUUAGCAGGUGCUGAGGUGGCUGUGCUCUGCAUAACGAAGUCCGGGGAAGUCCUAAACUACCAGGCGUUCACAAAUUCAAAUGGGAUAUACACAGUAGCUGAGACGAUGCCAGAGAGUGAGCGUUGGGAUGCCUGUCUAGCGAGGCCGAUCAGCAGCUUCCACAACCACUGCACGCAUCUUGGAGAUGGAAGUGCGGGUGUCAAGUUCAGCUACGAGCACCCCUCUGGCUAUUCUCAUGCUGUGAGACCUUUCGUUUAUCGCCCCGUCAAAGCUCCUGUGUACUGCAUUUAGGAAUGGGGCUGCAAGAAACAUGGAGGUUAGAGUUGUCUAUGAAUGGAAUAUAAUUAUAUAAGAUAUAUGUAACCACAUGCCAACUAUAUUUGAGCACUGUUUUACUGAGAGCUGCCAAUUUUUCUGUGUUUUGCUGAACAAUAAUGUACUCUAUCUUGCUACACGAAAUUAACACAAAAAGCUUUUUAGGAUUA